UUAUUAGAAAUAUGGAACACACACAACACCUUGAUUCAUUCAAUAAAUUGAAUACUUAAUCAGAUGACACCAUAUUAAAUAGUGUUGAUUUAUCUAACACACCUAUGUGUGUUUUAGUAUGCUGAACCGGAAGUAAAAUAUUAACAUGGAUCUCAAAAAUAGAAUCUUGCAGUGUUUUCAAUCACGACCAGGCGCAAUUAUACGGACACAAGACGUGUGCAAUAAUGUUGGAGGGCAGAAGAAGGAUAUAAAUCGGCAGUUAUAUACACUUCAAAGGGAGAGGGUGAUACAAAAAGUCGAGGAGGUACCCCCACAAUGGAAGUUGAUUUCAAACACAAAAUCUCAUCAAAACGAAACUGCUAGGGGGCCAAGAUCAUCCAUGUCUUCAGUACCAAUAUUUCCACAUCAAAAUAAGAGUUCUGCAAGUAAUACUCGACCGACACCAUUGAUGUUGGGCCAGGCAGCCAAGUCAAGUCAGGGUACUCCUUACAAUAUGCGUGAUGGUUAUAGUUCUAACUCCCAAAUGGAAAAUUCUGGACAAGCUGUGAGCAAUCGACAGUCGCAAUACCAACACUCCAGUCAAACUCAGAACUUUGGACAGCCACAGAGUUCAACCCCGUACAGUUCUAAUUCCCAAAUGGGAAAUUCUGGACAAGCUGUGAGCAAUCGACAGUCGCAAUACCAACACUCGAGACAAACUCAGAACUUUGGACAGCCGCAGAGUUCAACCCCGUACAGUUCUAAUUCCCAAAUGGGAAAUUCUGGACAAGCCGUGAGCAAUCAACAGUCGCAAUACCAACACUCAAGACAAACUCAGAACUUUGGACAGCCACAGAGUUCAACUCUGAAUCAAAACUGUGAACAAUCACAAAACAGGUCGACAAAAGGUUUAAAGAGUGGACUAUCUGAUGUCACUGCCAAAAAGAUAUUGAAUGUUUUAAAGGAAUCUAAAUUCCCAAUGAAAGCCCCAGAUAUUGCUAAAGCUAUAGGCUGCCAGACAGCUUCAGAAGUGAAUCCAGUUAUAUUUGCAAUACACCGGAAAAACCCAGGGCUACUAAAGAAAGUUCCCGGGAUGCCACCUAUAUGGCAACUUCAGGCAUCUAAACUAGGUGAUUAUAAAACCAUUGAGGAGGCUUCCCCUGUGGGUGUUCCACAAUGUAGUACCAUGCCUCCAAACCCUCCUGCGCCUCCCAUGCAGUCUAAUAUGGCCAGACAAUUAGGGCAGAAUCAAAUUUCCAAGCCAUCAAGUUCUUAUGAAACACCAGCAUAUUCCAAAGGGAGAGGUAGAGGUUUGAUGAUGAUGUCAACAUCUAGCCAACAAAAUAUAAGUAUGCCCCAACCUCCUUGGGCUCAAAUAGGUAAACCCCAAACAUCUAACACAUCCUCUUCUGUUCCAUCUCCACCUAUCAAACGCCACAUGCCCUUGUCCCCUCAGGGUCCUAACCCUAAGAAAAUGUGUCUAAGUGAAGGGAGAACAACAACAUCCAGUUGGAACCCAACACAGACUUCUAUUCUACCAAAGGCUACGAAGCCAGUUGUUGACAUUUAUGGUGAUUUGGCUUCUAAAAUUGUUGCCAUCUUAAGAGCUAGUCGUUUCCCUAUGAAGGCUGUAGAUAUUGCUAAAGAAUUAAAGAUGGCAUCGCCAAGUGAAGUGAACCCAACUCUGUUCGCAAUGAACAAGGAAAAAAUACUUAAAAAGGUUCCGCUGAUGCCUCCAAUUUGGUCUAUCAACACACUCAAUAAGGAUGCCAUAGCUAAAUUUGAAAAGCUUUCUAACAAAACUCCACAGCAGACAAAUAAUGAGGAUAAAGCAUCAAGCAACGAACAGUCUACAGAAGGAGAGGAACCCAAUGUUGUUCAACCAGAAAUUAUUACAAAUCCUCUACUUGUAAAGACAGAAAUUGAUGAAGUAGCUACUGAUCCAAUGAUAGAAGACAAUAAAGAGUGUGAUAAUGAGGUCAGUCAAGAAACUGCAGCAAUUGGUCAGUAUGAUGAUGAAGGAUGUCAGGAACCUGAAGACCAUGUUGGAGAAGUAAUAAUGAAAACAAGUGAAUCAGAUUCAGAAGAGAUAAAUAAACCAUCCACACAGACCAUUGACAAUGAUGUACCACAACAAGACAAUGAUGUAUCUACACAGAAUAAUGGUGAUGGUAUCACAAUGAAAUAUGAGCAGUUUACCGACACCAGUAGAGAAACUUGUGGAAAUGUUGUUGAUACAACUGAAGAUGAUGAAGAAUACUAUGGAGAAGUUAUUGAGAAAACUGAAUCUUCUACUGAUGAUGUGGAAAACUCUAGUAAUGUUAAUGAGGGUGAUGAUAAUGAUGAUAUGGCUGAGGAGGAAUAUUAUGGUGAAGUGACAAUGACUACCAGUGAAGACAGCCAUGUAGAUGAUGAUCCACAAACCACAGUGGCCAGUGCAAAUGUUAAGGUAAAUGAACAAGAGUACAAAAUCCUAAAUGCACUCAAUAAAUGUAAUGGACAAACUUGUACUGCUACUGAUCUUGCGAAAAGUCUUGGCUUUAAGAGCAAGAAAGCAAUCAACCCGAUGUUGUAUGCUUGUCAGAAGAAAGGUGUAAUCUCAAAAAUUGUCGAGUCUCCACCGACAUGGGCAUUGACAGAAUCUGGGUCAUUCACUUUUAAAAAUCAUAGUAGCGAAGGAAACUUCCCAGCAACAGAGAUGACACAAGGUGCAAGUAGUUCAGGAGCUGGAUUCAGGCCUCCUGCGUCACCAAUGGACAUGAUGAAUCUAAAUCAAAAAUUUCAAAGUGUAUUAACAGGUGGAGCCACUAAUAGUAUCACCACAACAAUGGGGUCUACAAGUUUUAAUUCAGGGAUUCCAAACCUAAUGGAGAUGAACCCUAGAAAAGUGACUACACCCUUUGAUCCUAACUUAGCUGCACAGCACUCCUUACAAAGCUCUCUUGGAUUCUCUGAUGAUAACACAUCUAUCAGUGUUCAGCCCUCUACAUCUAGUAAUGCGCAGGCCUUGAAUGGAGAAGCAUUUGCAGUUCUCAACAAGAACCCCAUAAGUGCAUUUAUGGAGUUUGCACAGUCCAGAAAGAUGACAGGGAAGAUUGAUAUUGUGGGACAACAUGGGCCACCUCACAAUCCAAAGUUUACAAUUGUGGCAUCAUUUGCCGGCAACAGGAGGUUCCCCUCUGUGGUGUCCAGGAACAAGAAAGAUGGGAAACGUGAGGCUGCUGAUGUUGCCUUGAGGACCCUUAUGGCCGAGGGAUCAUUCCAAGUGUCUGAUGUACAGAAACCAAGUCCUCUACAGCAAGCACUUAACCCUAAUGCCAAGGUGACUGUCUUUGAUAAGAUAGCAGCUCUAGCCCACCAAGCAUUCAAUGUGAUCGCUGCAACCAUACCUGAAGGGAUGGCGGGACGCAAGGUGCUGGCUGCACUCAUCAUGAAACUCAACUCUGAUGAUGCUGGGACUGUAAUCUGCUUAGGAACUGGGAACAGAUGUAUCACAGGUCAACAGUUAAGUCUACAGGGUGACACAGUGAAUGACUCCCAUGCUGAGAUCAUCACAAGGCGAAGCUUUAUGAGAUUCCUUCACAAAGAGCUCCAAAAAUUUCCCAACAAUCCUGAUGAAUGUAUACUAGAGAGAGCUCCCUCUGAUGGUAAAUUUAAAGUAAAAGAUGGCAUCUCUUUCCACCUCUACAUUUCCACAGCUCCUUGUGGGGAUGGUGCAUUGUUCUCUCCAAGAGAUGCUAACAGUAGAGCUGACUCAGAGGAAGAAUUGGAACACAAUCCGACAUUCACCAGUAAUGUACAGGGUGUCCUGCGAACAAAGAUGGAAGGAGGUGAAGGAACGAUCCCUAUAGAAGCUGACUUCACCACACAAACAUGGGAUGGCAUUCUACGUGGGGAAAGGUUACGGACAAUGUCUUGUAGUGAUAAAAUAUGCCGCUGGAAUUUGUUAGGUCUCCAAGGGGCCCUCUUGAGCAACUUUUUAGAACCAAUCUAUUUGAGUUCUCUAACUUUAGGAUACCUGUAUGACCAUGGCCACCUGGCAAGAGCCUGUUGUUGUCGCUUGACCCAUGGAGAGCCUGACAUCCAAGAGUACCUACCCCCAGGCUUCAAGGUGAACCAUCCCCUCCUGGGGCGGGUCACGGUGUAUGAUGCAUCCCGAGAGACUGAGAAGACCAAAUCGUUAAGCAUUAACUGGUGUCUUGGGGACCCGAAGGCGGAAGUGACAGAUGGCACUAAAGGACAGUGUCUAGAGAGGGAAGGUCAAGGUAGAGUCUCCCAAGUAUCAAAACGUGCUCUCUCCGAUAGAUUCCAGGAAACGUGCAAUGCCUUGGGCCGCCAGGAUUUAUUGGCAUGUGAUUCUUAUUGUGAAACAAAAAAACUUGCUGCGGACUUUCAAAAGGCUAAAAAGAUUUUAUACGAAAAAUGUAAGCUGAAUAAAUAUGGGACUUGGGUGAAGAAACCAGUCGAGGAAGAGAUGUUUAACAUUAAGUGAAUGUCUGGAAAUAGCUCCUCCAUCAAUGUGGGGGUUUGUUUCAAUGUACUCAUUUUAGUGUUUCAUUGUUUACAUGGUGAAGGUAAAACAUCAUGAUGAUCGCUUUAGAGUCAAUUCUACAUUGGGAACAUUUGAAAAUAUGCUGCCUAAUGCAAAUGACAUUGUAGAAUGAUUGAUUCUGUAUGCAAUUUUGAAAGAUAUAUGAAUUAUAUUUGAUGUUGAGGUUUCUUCCAGAUAACCAUUCAUUAUCAAGAAUAACAAUGUCAGAUUACAAUUUACUAUAAUGGCAUA